CCUGGUGCACACGUGUAUCUACCGUUCUGCUGAACACUAAGUCUGGCUGUGUGAUGUCGGUGACUGAGUGUAUCAGAGAGUUCUGCAGUGGAUCUGCCUCACAGGAUGCACCAAGGGCUCUGGCCAGAGACAUUACAAAUGAGAAGACUGAUCUCCUGACCAUCGUGAGGCGCUGGGGGAGUACCUGGCAAACAGUGCAGUGGAGCUGCGGUGCCAGGGAACUAGGCUUCUGUCAGAGACACUGAUCAACCUCUCCUCUCGCCAGCUACCUCAAGACGAUGUGCACUACCUGGUCGCAUUCUACUGUGACAGACUCAAAGACAAGGUGGCAGUGCUGCCCUUUGUUCUCCGUGGACUGCAUGCAAUGGUGGUCAAUCAGAGGGUGUCCAGUGAUGACGUCGUCGUCAUCUCAAGAGCAAUAUACAGCCAAGUAUACAAUCAGUCACUCCCUCAGGGGGAGAGAAGACUGGUGUACACAAUACUCGACUACUUUCUCUCUGACUAUACUCAAGCUGUGAAAGAGAUGGGAAGUGAGUUUGUGCUGGGUUACAUCCAGACCAUGGACGGAGAGAAGGACCCGAGGAAUCUUGUCAUAGCCCUGAACAGUGUCCACAGAAUCGUCCUCUCCGUACCAUUUGAGGUGUUGGCUGAAGAUCUAUUCGAGGUCGUGGCAUGCUACUUUCCCAUUGACUUUACACCACCUCCUGAUGAUCCUCACGUCGUCUCCAAAGAACAACUAGUGUUGACUCUGAGGAACUGCCUGACUUCAACCCCCAAGUUCACUGAAGUAUAUAUCACUGUUUCCCCAGCACCACAAUCUCUCUUUUUUUAACUUCCUCCUUCCCUCUCUCCAUUAUCAUAGUUGUGUCUGCCUCUGAUGCUGGAGAAGGUGACUUCUGACCUCCUGUCUGCCAAGCUGGACUCUCUGCUCACCAUUGCUGCUGGAUGCCACACAUUUGACCCCAAGGUCCUCCACACUCACCUUCAACCACUGUGGACUGCCAUCUGGAAAGAGAUCUUACAGCCAGUUAGCGACGAAGUUGAGGCAGCUGGGGCACAGUGCCUAGAGUCCAUGUCACAGUCACUGGCAGCAGGAACCGGAGGAGAGCGUGUGGGAGAGUUCACUGAGAUGGUGUUGAAAGACUGCAGCCGUCACCUCAUGGAUCUCGAACUAAAGUUGCUGGGACCAGCAUCGCGAGCACUCCAUGCGGUAGCCAGGGGGUGUGGCCAGGCAUGUCGGACCAUCACUGCUGCCUCUGUCCCCCUGCUCCUGAAUCAGUUCCACAGUCGCUCUGCAGUGACUCAGAAGAAGGCAUUUCUUCAAGUCUUGGCCGAGUUUAUCAACAUUCUCCAUCGCUUCCAUGGAGAAAAAGAGCCUUGUCCACUGGACAAUCUCAAGACAGAGCUCAUCUCCCUGGUUGUGUCCUCUGUGAGGGGAGGGACUCAGAGUCUGGUGGAGACUGGAUUGGAAGUCUGUCGUGGUUUGCUAGUCCUCAGAGGCUUCCUGGACGAUAAAGAGGUUUUGAUGUUGGUUGAGCAUGUGAAGCAGCUGGCAUUGUGCAGCAGUGAAUCUCUAGCUGUGAGGGAAAGAUCGUGCGACGUGCUCGGCUGCGUGUCUCAGUCCUACCCCCACAUAGCCAGGGAGGAAAUUGUUCCACCUUUAUUGCAGCGCUUCACACCAGGUUUGCCACUGGAGACGGAUCACAUGGGAGUACAGUCGGAGACUAUCAGUUUGCCAGACAUGUCCAGGGUGUUGGUUUCCCUAUCGAGCUCUCAAGAGCUACAGGAACUGACUCUGCCUGUCUUUGUAGCUGUGUUGGAGCAACUGUUGUUGACAACAGAGCUGGUUGAAACCUCCGAGGCCGUGGUAGGUCACCUGAGUCAGCUGGUGGAGAACACGGUCUCUGGGGGUGGUAGUGUGGGGACAAGGUUUGUGCACAAGGUGGUUGCAGAGAGGAUUUUGGUUCUCUGUGUUCUCCCGAGUCUCCCCGAGAGCUCAGCUGGACGUAUGUUCACAGAGAAGGCGGUGCUCCAGCAGUGCCAC